ACUUCCGCCCGUCUCCAAGAUGGCGCCCGCGGAAGAAGCGGGAUACAACCGGGCCGUGAUGGCGGCGUCGCGACUGGAGCUCAACCUAGUGCGGCUGCUCUCCCGCUGCGAGGCCAUGGCGGCCGAGAAGCGGGAGCCGGACGAGUGGCGCCUGGAAAAGUAUGUGGGGGCGCUGGAGGACAUGCUGCAGGCCCUGAAAGUCCAGGCCAGCAAGCCCGCCUCGGAGGUGAUCAACGAGUACUCCCGCAAGGUGGACUUCCUCAAGGGCAUGCUGCAGGCCGAGAAGCUGACCACGCCCUCCGAGAAGGCGCUGGCCAAUCAGCUGCUGGCCCCGGGGCGCGUGCCCACCACGGCCCGCGAGCGCGUGCCCGCCACCCGCACAGUGCACCUGCAGUCCCGCGGGCGCUACGCCGGCCAGAUGCGCGGCCAGCUGCUGGGCGCGGACCCGGCCGGAGACGCCCCGACGGACGUGAGGAAGAGAGGGGCAGCGGGCCCCAGGCCGGGCGACGAGAAGCAGUCGGCCGCAGAGCUGGACCUGGUCCUCCAGCGCCAGCAGCAGCUGCAGGAGAAGCUGGCGGAGGAGAUGCUGGGCCUGGCCCGCAGCCUCAAGACCAACCAGCUGGCCGCCCAGAGCGUCAUCAAGAUGGACAACCAGACCCUGUCGCACUCCCUGAAGAUGGCCGACCAGAACCUGGAGAAGCUGAAGACGGAGUCGGAGCGGCUGGAGCAGCACGCGCAGAAGUCGGUCAACUGGCUGCUGUGGGCCGUGCUGGUGGUGGUCUGCUUCGUCUUCAUAGGCAUGAUCCUCUUCAUCCGCAUCGUGCCCAAGCUCAAGUGACCCGCGCGGCCCGAGGAUCCAGGCCCGGAGGCCUGCCUGCGGGAGGGGCCUUAGGGCCGGGCCAGCAGUGGCGAGCAGCUGACCGGGCAUCUUGCUGUGUGGCUGGCCCCACCGGGCAGCUCGCCUCCCCACCGCCAGCUGAGAGUCACUCGGAGAGGGAGCCGUGCGGGUUCGAGCCCAGGACCUCUGUCCCUCUGUCCCUCUGUCCCUCUCUCCUGCACGUCCCUCAAGCCCCACAGCAGCCGCUCCAGCGUCUCCGACUUUCUCUUGCUUCUGUGCGGCGGGUUUGCGGGCUGCCGCGUCUGUUGGAAGCACGGCCUGUCCCCGUCCCGGGAGAGGCAGCUCCUGGGCCCUGUCUGCCUCUGCCUCUGCCUCUGCCUCUGCGGCUUAGCUGAGGACGCUUUUUGUUUGCCUGUUUUUGCUGGUUCAGUGCCUGCAAGACUUUGCCUUUCCCAAGAGCGAUAUUUUCUUUGAUCGGCUGGGUGUCGGCGCAGGACUCUGAGCCCCGGGGCAGCCCUGGCACGGCCUGCGAGUGGCGGUGCUCGGCUCCUAUGUCAGCUCUUAUUCUUGCUCAUAAAUAAAUGGUGUUUUUUAAAAAAUA